AUGGAUCAAUUGCUCUCCUAUCUGCCGCCCUUCGAGGGCCUUCUGCCCAAGUGGCUUGCUUUCGUCUCCGUCGUCUCCGCCAUCAACAGCUUGCAAGCUUAUCGCUCCGCCGACUACACCUCGGCCCUCUACACGAACGGUGCGAUCGCUGUCGAACCCCUCUCCGGCCGUUUGUUCGGUACCUGGACCUUCCUCUCCUCUGUCAUCCGUAUGAUGGCCGCAUAUAACAUCGACAACCCCGUCGCGUACGAUCUCGCCUUGUGGACCUAUGGUAUUGCCCUGACGCACUUUGUCGGAGAACUUGUGUUCGGCAAUGCCCAGCUGCGCGGUCGUUUCCUCAGCCCCCUGAUUGUGGCCUCAACCUCACUGGCUUGGAUGUUGACCCAGCGUGGUGCUUAUCUGGUCUAA